UCUAGGUUUUUAAAUGGAGCCAUACCUACUUGCUAUUUUAAUUAUCAUAAUAAUUGCCUUGAUUGUUAUAUGUUUGUGUUUACUACGCUGCUACAUAAUUCGGCACAGAACAUGUCCCAGUCGUGCUGACCUCACUGGUAAAAUAGCAAUUGUAACUGGAGCAAAUAUUGGCCUUGGUAAGGAAACUGCAUUGGAGCUGUCUCUAAGGGGAGCCAAAGUAAUACUAGCCUGUCGCAAUGAAUUCAAAGGUAAAGAAUGUGCUGCCGAAAUUCGUCGUCAAUCUAACCAAGAGGUAGUAUUUCAUAAACUUGAUUUAGCAUCUCUGAAGUCUGUGCAAAAAUUUUCUCAGACAAUAAUUGAGCAAGAACCACGUAUUGAUAUAUUGGUAAAUAAUGCUGGAGUUUUUCGAUGUCCUUAUAUGCAAACAGAAGAUGGUUUUGAGAUGCACAUGGGAGUGAACUACCUGGGGCAUUUCUUACUGACUAAUCUUUUACUGGAUCUACUUAAGAAAUCUUCACCAAGUCGUGUUGUUUGUGUCGGGAGUUUCCUUUACGCUAGAGGAAACAUCAACUUUAAGGAUUUCAAUUCUGAAAGAAGCUAUGAUCGAACCCUUGCUUAUUGUAACAGUAAACUUGCUCUCAGCUUGUUCUGUCGAGAGCUUAGCAAACAUCUAAGAGAUACAAGUGUAAACGUGUACUGUGUCAAUCCAGGAAUUGUAAGAACAAAUUUACUUCAACAUUCCGUUCCCGUUUUCAUUCGGUACAUACAGCCUUUAUUUCCAAUGUUUUUAAAUGCUAAAGAAGGAGCACAAUCAAUCAUCAAUUGUGCCAUUUCAGAACAACUUGCUGAAGAAACUGGGUUCUAUUAUUCUGGUUGUCGACGGAAAGAAUGGCACGAUAAAGCUUUGAAUGAAGAAGUUGCCAAAAGACUCUGGGAGUUUAGUGAAAGACUAACUGGAUUGUCCUAACAG